AACAUUCACUGUUUUGUAAAUUUGGUGAAUUUCAGAAAUUUUGAACUUCUAUUAUUUCAGAUAGCGAUCACGAUUUCCUAGCAGGUUCCGUUUUAUUUGUGUGUAUUUACUAGUAAUUUAGUGCUUAUAAUAAUAACGAAUCAUGACAAAACCACGUCCAUGUGGUUGCAAAGGUUGUAGAACAUGUUUAAUAUGUGAAACUGAAUACGGUGCUGAAAAUUUAAAACUACAGCUAGAAUUCGACAAAAACAUAGGAUAUGUGUAUUGCCCGUUUUGCAAUAAAGCAUGGAAAGGUUGGGACAUGAAUAUAUACAAACAACACCCUGACCAUGAAGGAGAUAGUAUUGAAUUCCCUGGUGUUUAUAUACAAAUGGACUUUAUCAGCGAAGAAGAAGAAAGGUUUUUAAUGAAGAAUAUAGAUGAAGUGCCAUGGGAUAUAUCACAAAGUGGUCGGCGAAAACAGAACUUUGGUCCAAAAACUAAUUUUAAAAAGAAAAAAAUUGUUGCUGGCAGCUUUGAUGGUUUUCCAGAGUUUUCUAAAUUCCUACAACAAAGAUUCGAGUCUGUGGUUCUUUUGAAAGGUUAUGAAGUAAUCGAGCAAUGUUCUCUUGAAUAUAACCCUGCUAAGGGAGCAUCAAUAGACCCCCAUAUAGAUGACUGUUGGAUAUGGGGUGAACGGAUUGUUACUGUAAACUGUUUAUCAGACUCUGUGCUGACAAUGACUCGAUACUAUGGAGAUAUCAAUAAAUACAACCUUCUAUGUGCAAAACAGUAUCCACCUAUUGUUAGUACUGAUGGAAUUAUCACGAAUGGAAUAGAGGAAACAGCCCUGGAAGCUAAUAAACCAACCAGAGAAAGAGAUGUUAUAGUAAGGAUACCUAUGCCUAGGAGAUCACUUUUAGUUCUAUAUGGAGAACCAAGAUAUCACUGGGAACAUUGUGUGAUCCGUGAAGACAUAACAUCUCGCAGAGUGUGCUUGGCUUAUCGAGAAUUCACACCACCCUACCUUAAGCAUGGACAGCACAAAGACAUUGGUGAUGAAAUUAGAGAGAAGGCAAAAUUAUUUUGGGAUCACAAAGAUCGAUAUGCCAACUGUGCUUAGAGAAAAUUAAAUUCUUUAUUAAAAGUACUUCUAAAUAUUUUACUAAACUAGGUGUUAUUAUGGUUUAUUAAUUAGCAGUCUAGUUACAGAAUGAACAACAGUAGGAUCCGAUCAACGAUCUAUCAAUUUGUUUGAAGAUGCCUUGAGAGAUGAAACACAUAUCAAAAUGCAACAUAUGCAUGGAUUGAAUAACGGUCAGAGGUUGAUGACUAAUAUAGAAGCUUGUAAAUCUACUGAUAAUAAUAGUUAAACUUGAAAUGUUGGCAGUCAUACACAUACUAAUGGUAGCAGAAUUGAAGGAAAUAAUUCUAAAUUACUAACUUCUUAAUGUAUUUGUGUCAAUGCUUAUACAAAUAUUAUAAAUGUGGAAGUGA